UACAUGUGCGGAUUUGUCUUCGUUCACUGCUCUUCGUCGCGUCAUUUACGCUGCCGUUUUAUCCUAUAAUUUCCCUCAAAAACCAAAGCCCUUCCCUCUUUUCUUUCUUGAUGUGAAAGAGGACAUCACCGCCAACUUAUUUAAGUUCAGUUUAGUUCCAGAUUGUGCUGUCAAACAUGGAGUUGACUCACUUGAGCGAUAGGACGACGGAGUACGCGGGUCCCGUGGGGACCCAUGACAUCAAUGGCAUCAUGUACCCUGAAUAUGUGACCGAGCACUCCCUGAAUUUGGUCAGAGACUUUGAAGUACGCGAGGACGAUGUGUGGAUAGUUGCUUUUCCAAAGGCAGGGACGCACUGGAUAGGCGAAAUCGCCAAACUCGUCCUUGUCGAUGGUCACAAAGAGAAGAUUGACCGCUCCCAGCAGUCUCAACCGAUUUCCUUUGGCACAUACCUUGCCGAGGAGUCCCUCUGCAAGAGGGCCCUAGCUUGGGCAUCACCAAGACUCCUCAACACCCACCUGCAGGAGCACCUUAUUCCAACCCAGCUCCAUCAAGGCAAAGGCAAGAUGAUCUAUGUCGUUCGCAACCCCAAGGACAGUGCGGUGUCCAUGUACUACUUCCUCAAACCUAGGAAUUACCAAGACCUGAGCGAUUGGGACAGGUUCGUUGAGCUAUACGGAACUGAAAAGAUGCGAUGGGGUUCAUGGUAUUCACACGUCCUGGGAUACUGGGAGAAGCGCAACGAUUUCAAGAACAUGCUCUUCUUGAAGUAUGAGGAUGUGAAAGCCGACACUCGGAGAGCCAUCCAACAGAUUGCCAAGUUCCUGAAUCACCCGCUGAGUGACGAUGCUCUACAGCGGGUCCUUGAGAACGUCUCCCUAAGAGAAAUGAAGAAGACAUACCACGUGGCCGGGGAAAGCAACUACGGAAAGCAGAAAGUGGCUGACAAAGUUGGAGGGGCACAUUUGAUAAGAAAAGGCACCAUUGGGGAUUGGAAGAACAAGUUCACUGUCGCUCAGAGCGAGGUUUUUGACAAGAUCUACCAGGAAAAAAUGGCAGGAUCUGGGCUCAACCUUCAGUUCCAGUAAGAACAUCCAAGUGAAAAGAAGGAACCUGCUUAGUUUUUAUUCUACAUCAUCCUCAAGGACAUCAACGCCAUGCCAGAGGUUCUCAGCCUCGCCCCGAGACAGUGGUUUGAGCUGUGGUCACUUCUGGUGGACUGCCAUACAGUCAUGAGCAAGGGGAUUGAAUUCCCAGCGACCUGGCCAGUGAAUGUGUUGAAAAUUGGCCACGGAAUUCUGGUCUCUAUUUUGCCGCCAGGUAUCAGCCAGUGUGUGAGUUUCCUUCCUCCAUGGUUAAGCCAACAGCGGAAAAUGCGAAGAAAACAGAACCCUGGUCUGAAGCAAGCUGCUUCGGGAGCAAAUUCAGGGAUAGGUUGUGUUACACAGCCCAUUACUCCUCAGGUGUUUUUUUUUUAAUGAAAUAAAGGCUAACUAUAUCGUAAGGGCAUUUUUUAGAUGACUGUCGUUUGCAAAAUUUAGGGCAGAGGUAGUUUUAAACAAAAGAAUCAACACAUCCAUUUUUGUGGUAUUUAGGCCUACAGCAGUAUUUUAUUCCUCUGUGUAAUUAGUAUUAUCGUUUCAGCUUGUGGGAUGAUUUUGGACCAGGGUUCAUUCUCUACGGUGCUGGGAAUUAUGUACGUUUCAAUGCAGUCCUUACAAAUGCUCUUUGGCAUCUCAUUUAAUCAGAUUUUUAAUUUCUAAGCUAAUUGCUGUGCCACUGUUUUGCAUACUUACUUAUGAGCAGAAGUGUGACGCCAUCCAAGACAGAAAACUCAAUAGCUAUUUCUGCGCAAAAUUUGCCAGUAUUUUGCCAUUUUGCCGUCGUUAAUUUGUUUACCAUGGUGAAGUGUUACGUUUCAUGGCAGCUCGCCAGUGAGCAAAAAUUCUUGGUCUCACAAGCAUUUCUGUGAGAAAAUUUGGCAUUUACAAUUUCAACGGAAGAUUUUGAGUUUUAUCUGAAAGUGCGCCGAGAAUUGUUUCCAAAAUAAGCAAAUAUCUUUACUAAAUGCGGUUAAAGAUAUGAAUGAAGGAAACUUAUUAAUUAUCUUAUCAUUUUAAAAUGAAAAUGGCUAGUAUGUAUUGAGGGUUUUGAAAGCAAGCGACGUAUCUAAAUAAUACAAGGGAAGUUUGUUCAUUGUACGAUGGAUAACUCUGCCCCAAGGUGUAAUCACUAUGCGCCAUUUGAGCAGGCGAUACGCCUGCGCCAUUCUCAGUAAUGCGCAGGCGCACCAGGUGUUGGUGCCAGCAGUUUCACCCGCCCCGGCGUAUUAAUGUGCGUUGCGCAGUCGUAUCGCUUGCUGAAAUGCCGUCUCUGCAAUUACAACGUUUUACACGUGUUCACCGUGAAGUUCUCCAUCUUGCGCCGCUGUGCUGUACGAUUUUGCUAAAGCGGGCCCAUAGUGAACCCUGUUCAACGACUUCGCCCAUAUGCAGCAAGGUAUGAGACGGAGAGAACCCCCCCCCUGCUUUGUGUUAGUCAUUGUCUCUCAGGAAUCUGGG